CUGGGCCAAAGGUCACUACAUGGAGGGUGCAGAGCUGGUGGACACUGUCCUGGAUGUAGUGAGGAAGGAGGCAGAGAACUGUGACUGCCUGCAGGGCUUCCAGCUCACACACUCUCUUGGUGGUGGUACUGGCUCUGGGAUGGGCACACUGCUCAUCAGCAAAAUCCGUGAAGAGUACCCCGACCGUAUUAUGAAAACCUACAGCGUGGUGCCCUCACCCAAAGUAUCAGACACCGUCGUUGAGCCAUACAACGCCACACUGUCAGUCCACCAGCUUGUAGAAAACACGGACAAAACCUUCUGUUUUGACAACGAGGCUCUGUAUGACAUCUGUUUCCGCACCCUUAAACUUACAACCCCCUCAUAUGGUGACCUCAACCACCUCGUCUCUGCCACCAUGAGCGGCGUUACCACCUGCCUCAGGUUCCCCGGACAGCUCAAUGCUGACCUGAGGAAGCUGGCUGUAAACAUGGUGCCAUUCCCUCGCCUGCACUUUUUCAUUCCAGGCUUCGCUCCCCUCACAAGCCGAGGCAGCCAGCAGUACAGGUCCCUCACUGUACCAGAGCUCACCCAGCAGAUGUUUGACGCAAAGAACAUGAUGGCUGCCUGUGACCCACGUCAUGGCCGCUACCUGACAGUGGCUGCUAUCUUCCGUGGCCGCAUGUCCAUGAAGGAGGUGGAUGAACAGAUGCUGAACGUGCAGAACAAAAACAGCAGCUACUUUGUUGAAUGGAUCCCCAACAACGUGAAGAACGCUGUCUGUGACAUCCCUCCCCGUGGCCUCAAGAUGGCUGCCACAUUCAUCGGCAACAGCACAGCCACCCAGGAGCUGUUCAAGCGCAUCUCUGAGCAGUUCACAGCCAUGUUCAGGCGCAAAGCUUUCCUCCAUUGGUACACCGGUGAGGGUAUGGAUGAGAUGGAGUUCACCGAGGCUGAGAGCAACAUGAAUGACCUGGUGUCCGAGUACCAGCAGUACCAGGACGCCACCGCAGAGGAGGAGAGAUUUAACGUUCCAACCAAGUGUUUUCUGGUUUUCAGUGUUCUGUCUGCUGUUCAUGUGGCAGUGUUGGCUAAACCACUCUCUUCCAAACGCAGUAGGUCAGGAUGCUCACAGCCAAGGCCAGCAGAGUCCAACAGCACAUCUUCACCUGGCUCUCCAAACCCUGCUUUGCUCCAAAGUGGGACACAAAGCCGCUCUGUCAACAACAAACAAGUAGAUUGA